CGUUUCAAUUGCGGAUUUAUAGAGAAGAGCUUUCUUGUAUGCGAGUGUCUCAAAUUGUAUUGUAGAUUAAUAAAAAUUAAAAUAAAAAUAAUCAAUUUAUUGAACUGUGUUUAUUAAAAAUACAAAAUAAUUUAUUUGAAAAGGAACAAUUGUUUUCGUGAGACGCGUAAUUUGUGAAAAAUUUAUUAAAUCCAGAACAGCUGGAAAAAUCAAUUACCAUUGUCUGCGGCUUUUAAAACAUACGAAAGGAGAAAGAAAACAGACAUUUUCUAUAAAUCGUAAAAGAUGAGCUCAUCUAGUGACUGCUUUGUUGUCGUACCACCAUAUUGUGAGGAAGGGACUACAGUUUUGGGACGUAAUUUUGAAAAUGCUUUAUCAUCGGGUGAUGCUGCGUCGUGCGAGGUACAAUAUUACGAAGCGAGUACAGCUGUAGAAGGAAGCUCUGACGGUGGAGCAACGCCAGAAGUUAGUAGUGAAACAUUACGAUUAAUUUUACAACGACCAAGUACGAACAUUUGGGGUGGAGACAUAGGUGCAAAUGAGCGUAGUGUGUGUGUGGCAGUGACGUGGACCACAAAUGAACCAGAAAAAAACAGUGGGAAUUUACUAUCUACGGAUGUUGUUAGGUAUGCGUUAGCUACGUCAAAAGAUGCAGGCGAAGCAGUUGAACGAAUUGGCUCAUUAGUGGAAAAUCAUGCUUCUAACGAUGCAAAGAUGAAUUUUGUAAUAUGUGAUCCCGUAAACGUUUGGGUAGUGAGUUGCGCUGUCAAAUUAUGGGCAGCACAACAUAUAACAACAUUUUAUCGUAUAAGUAGUAAAAGCUUAGCCGUUACUACAACAAUAAAUAAAUCCAGUGCAGAAUUAAAUGAUGCUUUAAAAACAUUAGGUGUGUGGAAUGGCGAAGGUGAAUUAAAUUUUGCUGCAGUUUUUGAUGCCUCUUCAGAAGUAACAUGGGACGAAAAUGAACCAUCCAGUGAUGGAUCUUUCGAAUUGUUAAAUAUGUUCGAAACUUUACGUGCGGCUAAAAGUGCAGAUACUUCCCUCGCAUCUAAUGUUUCGUUGCUGACUUCAAAAGGCAUAUCCACUCAUUGGUUCACUUGUACACCAAAUGUUAAUCAAUCUGUAUUUAAGCCCUUUGUCUUUGCCCCAAAUCCAAAAAUUUCACCUUUAACUAAAGUCUCUGCUGAUAGAGAUGUCACUUUAUUGCAUUAUUUACACGCACAGCGUAAACCUACUGCAGUGGAUGAUCUUAGGAAUCUAGAAACUUCUUGCAUUAGUGAAGUCACUAAAUAUCUUGUAGAUCAUGAUACUUCUAAUGAUUUAGACGAAUUAGAUGAAUUAAUGAAAGACUGUGUAGAAGCGGAGGUUAAGUUCUAUCGUUAGAAAUGCAUUUUUUUACCAUUUGACCGAUUUUUACUAUAUUGCAUAAAGAAAAUAUUUUUAAAUAAAAGGUAAAUGCAGUGCAUAAUAUUUAGUUUAAUAUAUAUAAAGAAUAAAUAAGCAACAUGAUAAUGAUGAUCAUGAAUUUCAAAGUUUAUUUUAUAAAAUUAAUUUUAAAAUCGAAAGAAUUGCUAGUUUUGUUAACAAAUAAUAUUUUAUAUACCAGGCAUAGAUAUAUAUUAGUAAUUGAAUUUAUUUGAUAUACUAUAAAUUAAACAAAAAUGAUGAUAUUUGAAUACGUAUGCGCACUAAAUUUGGUAUCAUCUCUCGUAACUGACUGACAUAAUUAUAAUUGUCUUUGUAUUUGCAUUUGAAAUUUAGCAUUUGCUUGUGUUUUAUAUAUAUACAUGUAUAUAUAUAAAUCAUGCUUUUUACUUAAUCAUUCCUAAAGUGAAUUAUUGUGAUUUUAUUACUACCUAUU